AUGUCAGACCAACCGAACCCUCACUGGACUGAAGGGUUGUUGUCAACACCAUUUAGUCUCUUUCAAGUUGGGCCAGAAGUACUUUUUCAGGACGCCGGGCAAGAGAAUGAUGCGAACGAACAUGUUGAUGUGAACCCGAAUGAGCUUCCUGAUGUGAACGCAGGGCAAGUGGAUGCAAUAGAUACUCCAGAAUCUCGCCAAGCUUAUCCUGCCCAUGAAAGGGAUGCACUCGAUGCUGUAGAGACUCAACCUGUUGGGCAGUUAAAGGAUAUCGGAGACACAAGUUUGACUGAAGGCCCGAUUGAACCUGCAACUCCAUUAUCUGAGAUCAAGAGCCCGAAUGAGCUUGCUGAUGUGAACGCCGGGAAAGUGGAUGCAAUAGAUGUGAUUUCAAAUGAGCAUGCAGAUGUGAAUGAGGAUGAGCAUGCUGAUGGGCCACUAAUUGCUGCAGAGACUUAA